GGCAAACCUGGGUCGAUAUCCUAAACAUCCACUACAACAGGACACGUCGAUCGAACAGUGUGCCUUUUUCAAAACUCUCAAAAGAAUUCUUUGAGAGGUGGCGACCUUGGAAGCAUAAGACAGGACCUUGGGGGACUAUAAGAGGAGUCGGACGGACUCAAGGCUGUAGGACGCAGACCAAGGCAGACUAACCUAGCGACAAGACCGGACGGGCUUCAGAGCGCUCUCUCAGUGUACGGACACUCAACCAGUGGCGAUAUUCAAACCUAGGACAGCAGCGAAGACAACAUGGCUUGGAGGCGAGGCAAGCUAACGGCCAUUCUGCUCAUAUUUGAGGUUGUGUUUAUCGUGUUGUUCGGGAUCCUGGUGGUGUACGAUGACGAGGCGAACGCCACCGCGAAGCAGAACAGCCUCACUCCGGACCAGCCGGGAGGCGCCGACGCCGACAACAACGUGCUCCGGGCAUACUACCCCAUGUUCCAGGAUGUCCACGUGAUGAUGUUCAUCGGUUUCGGCUUCCUCAUGACUUUCCUGAAGAAGUACGGCUUCGGCAGUGUGGGGUUCAACUUCCUGGUGGCCGCCUUCGUGCUUCAGUGGGCCACGCUCAUGAGCGGGUUCCUGCAUCUGCACCACGGCAAGAUUGUGGUCAGCAUCACCACCCUGUUAACGUCAGACUUCGCGGCGGCCACCGUGCUGAUCUCCAUGGGCGCGGUCCUGGGGAAAGUCAGCCACAUCCAGCUCAUCAUCAUGGCCUUCGUCGAGAUUAUCUUCUUCAGCAUCAACGAGUGGGUCGGACUCACCUUCUUCAAGGCCGUGGAUGUUGGUGGCUCCAUGUUCGUGCACACGUUCGGAGCGUACUUCGGACUGGCGCUGGCCCGGGUCCUGUACCGGGAGGACAUGCAUGGACACAGCAAGGAGGGAUCCGUCUACCACUCCGACAUCUUCGCCAUGAUAGGUACCGUGUUCCUGUGGCUGUUCUGGCCCAGCUUUAACGCCGCCCUGGCUCCCGGAGACGACCAGCACCGGGCCGUCAUCAACACCUACUUCUCCCUCGCCGCAUGCGCAGUGGUCACCUUCGCCAUCUCGUCUGCUGUGGAGAAGGACGGCAAGGUCAACAUGGUGCAUGUCCAGAACGCUACCCUUGCCGGAGGUGUGGCGGUGGGUACAAGUGCAGACAUGAUGGUCCACCCCUGGGGGGCGCUUCUGAUCGGCAGCCUGGCCGCCGUACUGUCUGUGGUUGGAUACUCCUACAUCACGCCGUUCAUGGCGGACAGGUUGAAGAUCCAUGACACCUGCGGGGUCAACAACCUGCAUGGCAUGCCGGGAGUUCUGGCUGGGAUCAUCGGCGCCAUUGUCGCUGCUGUGGCGUCACCUGCUCAGUAUGGCAACAGCGUGUACCAGAUCUUCCCGGCCCGAGCCCCCAUCGCCAACAGCUCGGAGCUGGCGACGAUUCAGGCCGCCUUUCCCGCCAUCGAGGCCGGCAGUGGCCGCUCGGCAGGACUGCAGGCCGGCUUCCAGAUGGCCGCCCUCAUCGUUACUCUGCUCAUCGCGCUGGUCACUGGUGCUCUCACAGGCCUUCUGCUGCGCCUGCCGAUAUGGGACCACCCUGAGAAGGACUCUCUGUACGAGGACGAGGAUUACUGGGAGAUCCCAGAAGAGGAGACUGCCGACAUGAACGGUAGUCUGGAGGGCGUCGGGCACAAGAAGCCUGACAGCCGCGCCAGGACCGAGUCUGACACCAACAACGAGCAGGACACUAAAGUGUGAAGGGAGGAGAACUUGUCUGUCUGAAACAAGGUUGAAUUUUACUACCCAACACAAAAAUCGGACAUACCCAAGUCUUCGACAGCUCUAAACAUGUUUGUGAAGGAUGAAUUUGGGGUUUUGUGUUGGAAUAACAGUUAAGCCUUGUU